AUGCCGUCCAAUUAUUCCUCUUCCACCUUCGACGAGCUCAAAUGGGUCAUUCAAAUUCGUCGAACCCUCGAAGAAGAACAAGAGGACGAUGAGGACUAUGGAAUUCCAGUAGCAAUCUUCAAGGUCCCCAAAUUGUUAAUGGAAUCCGAUCCACAUUCCUACAUUCCACAAUUGGUUGCCUUGGGACCUUACCAUUGUUGGCGACCGGAGCUCCAUGAUAUGGUGAGACUCAAGCUCUCUGCUGCAAAAAGAGCUAAGAAAUUCAGCUCUACAAACCUCCAAUUUCAUGAUCUCGUCGAACAAUUGUUGAAGCUCGAGCAGAAUAUCCGGGCGUGUUACCAUGGUUACUUGGAUCUUAAUGGCGAAACUUUAGCCUGGAUGAUGGCCAUUGACGCAUCUUUCUUGCUCGAGUUUCUCCAUGUCUAUGCCGGCAAAUUCGAGAUUCUCCAGCGAGUUCCUUCGAGAAUGUCGCAUUUGAUGGAUCACGCUGGGACGAAGCCGGCACAUAAUGCGGUUCUUAGAGAUAUAAUCAUGCUUGAAAAUCAGAUUCCGUUGUUUGUAUUGAGGAAGAUGAUGGAAUUCCAAUUCGAGUCCUCUCAACAAUCUGAUGAGAUUUUGCUCUCCAUGAUGAUCGGUUUAUUCACAGAGCUUUCUCCAUUCAACACUACGGAUGGAAUUCCAGAGAUUCAAAUUUCAGAUUGCGCUCACUUGCUAGACUUUUUAUACCAAAUGAUCGCUCCUAAAUCGAAAGAAGCAUCAGAAAUCAACGAAAUCCCAAACGAAAUCGAACAAUCUCCACAAAUUUCAUACAGAUUCAAGCAAUUCCUCAAACGCCUAAUUAGUUAUACAAAACGAGCGAUGCAAUCUCAACAUAUAAAGACGAUCGCUCGCCUACCAUGGACGAUUCUCUCCACAAUCCCUCCAUUCACAGUUUUAAAACAACCCGCUGAAAUUCUGUUCUUCAGAGAGCAACAAGAACCCAGAGAAGAACCAGAACCUCAAAACCUUAAAUCAAACGCAAAUAGACCGCCAUUAACGGAAGAAAUAGCAAUACCUUCAGUUUCGGAGCUCUCCAAAGCCGGAAUCCGCUUCUCACCCUCCCAUGGCGGAAUAUCAACGAUCACCUUCAACUCCCAAACCGGAACGCUGUACCUCCCAACCGCGAGGCUAGAUGUGAACACAGAAGCAACGCUGAGAAACCUAGUAGCAUACGAAGCGUCAAGCGGAAUAGGGGCGUUGGUAUUGACAAGAUACACGGAAUUGAUGAACGGAAUCGUGGAUUCCGAGGAGGAUGUGAGAUUGUUGAGAGAAGGAGGAGUGAUUGUGAAUCAUUUGAAGAGCGAUGAAGAGGGAGCUUGGAUGUGGAAUGGGAUGAGCAAAUCGAUCAGAUUGAGCAGAGUAAUGGAGUUAGAUAAGGUGAUUGAAGAGGUGAAUGAGUAUUACAAUGGAUUGUGGAGAGUGAAAAUGGGAAGAUUUGUGAAGGAAUAUAUAUACAGUUCUUGGCCUUUGAUUGCUUUAACGACGGUCGCUUGGUUUCUUUUCUUAAUCGCUCUCCAAGCCUUUUGCUCUUUGUUUGGUUGCUUUCGCGCCCUUCCUUCUAAGCGUUCUUGA